GUCGAGUCGGCCACUCCGACCCCAUCACCGUGCAUUUAGCUGGAUUUCAUCCACACUCACUCUCGAUUCUAAUCCCCUCUCUCUCUCUCUCUCUCUCUCCAGUUUUUGCUUUCGCUCUCAUCCAUGGCUACUCAAGGUCAAGUAAUCACGUGCAAAGCUGCGGUGGCCUGGGAACCCAAUAAGCCUCUGGUGAUCGAGGACGUUCAGGUGGCUCCGCCGCAGGCGGGGGAAGUCAGAAUCAAGAUCCUUUUCACUGCUCUCUGCCAUACCGAUGCCUACACUUGGAGUGGCAAGGACCCUGAAGGUCUCUUCCCAUGCAUCCUUGGCCAUGAGGCUGCUGGGAUUGUGGAGAGUGUUGGUGAAGGGGUAACUGAAGUUCAUACUGGGGACCAUGUUAUUCCCUGUUACCAGGCAGAAUGUCGAGAAUGCAAGUUUUGCAAAUCUGGGAAGACAAACCUCUGCGGCAAAGUUCGUGCUGCGACUGGAGUUGGAGUCAUGAUGAGUGAUCGCAAGAGCCGUUUCUCCAUAAAUGGAAAGCCUAUCUAUCAUUUUAUGGGAACCUCAACAUUUAGCCAGUACACUGUUGUUCAUGAUGUCAGCGUUGCAAAGAUUGAUCCAAAAGCUCCUUUGGAAAAAGUAUGCCUUCUGGGAUGCGGUGUUCCCACUGGUCUUGGAGCUGUUUGGAACACAGCAAAAGUAGAAUCAGGGUCAAUAGUUGCUGUUUUUGGCCUUGGGACUGUUGGCCUUGCUGUCGCAGAGGGUGCAAAGGCAGCUGGUGCUUCACGAAUAAUUGGCAUAGAUAUUGACAGCAAAAAGUUUGAAAGAGCAAAGAAUUUUGGAGUUACUGAAUUUUUGAAUCCAAAGGACCACGAGAAACCAAUUCAACAGGUUAUUGUUGAUCUCACUGAUGGUGGUGUUGACUACAGUUUUGAGUGCAUUGGAAAUGUCUCGGUGAUGAGGUCUGCUUUGGAGUGCUGCCAUAAGGGCUGGGGAACUUCAGUUAUUGUCGGUGUUGCAGCAUCAGGGCAGGAAAUAUGCACCCGUCCUUUCCAGUUAGUAACUGGUCGUGUAUGGAAAGGCACAGCUUUUGGUGGUUUUAAGAGCCGUUCCCAAGUUCCCUGGCUCGUGGAGAAGUACUUGAAGAAGGAAAUAAAGGUGGAUGAAUACAUUACUCACAAUUUGACUCUUGGGGAGAUCAACGAGGCAUUUGAUCUGAUGCAUGAAGGUGGUUGUCUCCGGUGUGUGCUUGCAGUGCACGUUUAAAGUGAUCUUAUCAGUCUCAUUCCAAGUUACUAGUGGAGUGAACUUACCGUCUUGCAUUCCAAGAGAAAAAUAAGUGAGUGGAUGCUGUUGAUGAGUAUAAAUGGUUAACGUGAACAAUAUUCCCCUUUAAGAUUGCCUUAUCUAUCAAUUAUAUAUGUGUUUGAUGGGAAUCUGGAUCUUUCCUUAUGGUGCUGAGCAUUAUGACAUCUGCAAUGACUGAA